CCAGAGGAAGAUCCCAGAUUGUUUCCCUUUCUUUCUCUCCACCCAAAUAAACAUUUCCAGAGGAAAUUCCUGAGUUCAGAGACAGGCAGGAAAAAAAGAGAGAGGAACGCAUCUACAUUCAUGUGUUUAUUGUAAUGAUAACGGUAAGAAUACGUGCGUCUGAUUGUGUCCGUCAAAGAGUGGUUGCUUCAGUAUCUAGCCAGAGAGAUGGCUUUGAUCUGUACUAUGACGUAGCUGACUGGCUAGCUAUAGUGGAUCAGUAUAUUUAGUGGCUGUAUAUAGUGAAAUAUCACCGUGUAGCUAUCAUGUAAGUGAACCCGUCCAGAGCCAUCUAUUGCAUGCCAGUACGAAGCAUAUCUAUGGGCCAAAAACAUCCAUAGACUAUGGCUGUAUACUUGACUAGUGUGCAGUGUGCAAGCAGACAGAAUCCAAUAAAAGCAUGAUGUCUGAUCUAUGUAAUGUCUCUCUCUGGUUCUCAGAUGUCGGUGGAGGGGAGGCUAGGGGGCCAGGCUGGUGCCCUGCUGUGUGUGGCUGUGUCUGGGGCUGCUGUGUCUCCUGUCCACCCUUGCCCUGUUCCUGGUCCCAGGACCCCCUUUACGUUGGCGACCCCAUGGAUACUGGGUACUCCGUGGAUGCAGAUCGGGGUGCCUUCCAGGCGCAGAGUGCCCUGUCUGACAUGGAGUUCUCUUCCAUUGCUUCCUACGGCGUCCCCGGCAACAAUGACUCACGUGGCAACAAGGAGCUGCCCAUCCUGUUGUGGUGGAGUGCAGGACUCUUCCCUCGUUUCCCCGGAGACACAGAACGCAUCGACUGUCACUCCUCCUCCUGUCUGGUCACACGCAAUAGGAAGGUCUGUGGUUCUAGUAUUAUAGCUUGGUCUUCCAGUGGUUUAUUCUGUUGUGUGUUGUCCUAGCCUGGUCCCAGAUCUGUUUGUGCUGUUUUGCCAACUCCUAUGGCUAUGGCCAUUGUCACACCAAACAGAUCUGGGACCAGGCUAGUGUUAUCGUUGUGAUCUGUUAAUACACGUUGUUUAUAAUAUGUUAUUAAUAAUAGCCCCUGUCUUUUUCAUGACCAUGGAUUUCCGUUUGUAUUGACAGCAAUGUGGAUAUGAAUAAACUGGAACCAUCCUGAUCUCUACAGGUUCAACUGGACCGACGCACCUCCUCCAUCAUCUUCUAUGGGACAGACUUCAGGGCCUACGAGGCUCCUCUUCCCAGACCCUCUCACCAGACCUGGGCCUUCUUCCACGGGGAGUCCCCCAUGAACAACUACGUCCUGUCCCACAGCCCAGGCAUCAGGCUGUUUAACUACACAGGUACAGGGAGACAAUGUGUCAACUCUUAUCUUGUGUAAAUAAAUGAAAGGGUACUUGGAGCCAACAAUCGCUCACAUAAAAAAAUAAGCUUGCUCCCAAAUGGCACCCUAUUCCCUAUAUAGUGCACUACUUUUGACCAGGGCACAGAGGGCUCUAGUCGCAGACUCAAACAAAGGACACCACUCACUUUAAUGAAUAUAAUUUGCAAUCAAAGCUUUGUUUUACUUUUCUUUUUCUCGUAGCAACAUGUCUUAAUAGACCAUACACUCCCUUCGUUCAUUUUGGAUGUUCAACUCCACAGCCACCUUCAGGAGGGGCUCAGACUACCCUCUGACCCUGCAGUGGUUGCCCUCCAUGGGAUACCUGCUCCAGCCUGUAGCCGUGUCUCUGGAGCAGAAGAACCACUGGAGGAGAGAGGGCCUGGCCCCAAUCAUGUACAUGCAGUCACAAUGCGACAUCCCCUCUGACAGGGACAGAGAUGUACAGAAACUCAUGAAGUACAUAGAAGUACAGUGAUAUGGAAUGUGUUCCCUCCUAGCCUAGAUGUUUUGAUAUAAAGGAAUGUUGUCUGGUUUUUAUUGUUGUAUCCCAUGAUUUGGUGGACUGGCAACCAUUUGUGUGAAUUGAGCCCUCUAGUCUAGUCCUAACUUUUCACCCAACUACCUAUUUCUUUGUCCCCUGUUCACCCACCCACCCACUCUUUCUCUCUCUCUCUCUCUCUCUCUCUCUCUCUCUCUCUCUCUCUCUCUCUCUCUCUCUCUCUCUCUCUCCUCCCCCUCUCUCCCCCCUCCCUCCAGGUGGACUCGUAUGGGAAAUGUCUGAACAAUAAGCCCCUCCCCCAGUACCUGGAGGACACAAGCACAGCCACAGGGGAGGACGCCGGCUUUAUGAGCCCUGGAGAACGGCCUGUGUCAGGUAAGAGAGGGAGUAAUAGAAAGAGAGAGACUAUUUAGGUUUAUAGGCAAAAUCAUGUUUGUAACUCGUGUUUUUAGCUUGCCCUUCAAUUAAUGAUUUUAUCAUUGUUUUAGACAUCCUUUGCGUUUGCAUUUUUUGAUUAAUCUCUCUUAUACAAUAGGAACUGAAUGGUGAAUAAUGUAUUGUGUCAUUUUGAAGUCACUUUUAUUUUAAAUAAGAAUAGAAUAUGUUUCUUAACACUUCUACAUGAAUGUGGAUGCUACCAUGAUUAUGGAUAAUCAUGAAUUAAUCAUGAAUAAUGAUGAGUGAAACAGUAAGAGGAAGAAAAAAAUGCUAACCUCCCGUUAUUGAUCAUUUUGGGGGUAUAAUCUUUGUUCCUAUGUAACUUUCUCCCUCGUCAUUAUGUCAAGUAAAGGGUGACAUUCUGUACAGUUGCCUCAUAUGAAACAAAUCCAAAAUGUAUACUGAACAAAAAUAUAAACACAACAUGUAAUGUGUUGGUCCCAUGUUUCAUUAGUUGAAAUAAAAGAUCCCAGAAAUGUUCCAUGUGCAGAAAUGUGUUUACAUCCCUGUUAGUGAGCAUUUCUCUUUUGCCAAGAUAAUCCAUCCACCUGACAGAUGUGGCAUAUCAAGAAGCUGAUUAAACAGCGUGAUCAUUACACAGGUGCACCUUGUGCUGGGGACUAUAAAAGGCAGCUCUAAAAUGUGCAGUUUUGUCACACAACACAAUGCCACAGAUGUCUCAAGUUUUGAGGGAGCGUGCAAUUGGCAUGCUGACUGCAGGAAUGUCCACCAGAGCUGUUGCCAGAGAAUUGAAUGUUCAUUUCUCUACCAAAACGUUGUUUUAGAGAAUUUGGCAGUACGUCCAACCGGCCUCACAAUCGCAGACCACAUGUAACCACGCCAGCCCAGGACCUCCACAUCCGACUUCUUCAUCUGCGGGAUCGUCUGAGACCAGCCACCCAGACAGCUGAUGAAACUGAAGAGUAUUUCUGUCUGUAAUAAAGCCCUUUUGUGGGGAAAAACUCAUUCUGAUUGGCUGGGCCUGGCUCCCCAGUGGAAGGGCCUAUGCCCUCCCAGGUCCACCCAUGGCUGCACCCCUGCCCAGCCAUGUGAAAUCCAUAGAUUAGGGCCUAAUGAAUUUAUUUCAAUUGACUGAUUUCCUUAUAUGAACUGUAACUCAGUAAAAUUGUUGCACAUUGCGUUUUAUAUUUUGGUCAGUGUAUAUAUACAAUUAUAUUUGUGUUUGUGGAGGAAUUUAUUUAUACCGCAUGAAGACUAUUGCGCUACGAUUUUGAGCAUUUACGAUCCAUUAAAAACAGAAACGUUUUCAAAAACGUAAACUUCCUGGUUACUUUCAUAGCUGUUUCUUUGUAUUCAUCUCUUUCAUUGUUUUAACUGUAAAGCAUGUUGUGAUUUUUAAAUGCACUUUUAAUAAAGUUGGAUUUGAUUUUAUCCAGGACUACAUGACAGAGAAGCUAUGGCGGCCUCUCCACCAGGGCUGUGUACCGCGGCUCCUCCUCAGUAGCUGACUGGAUGCCCAACGACCACUCUGUCAUCCUUAUCGAUGACUUCCCAUCACCUCAGGACCUAGCCAAGUUCCUCAAGGCGCUGGAUGAGAACGAUGAAGAGUACGCUAGAUAUUUAGAGUUUAAGAAGCCGAGCCGUGUUACCAACGUUGGCCUGUUGGAGGCACUGGAGAGCAGGAAGUGGGGCGUGAACGACAUGAGCAAACCCAACUACCUCAACGGCUUUGAGUGCUAUGUCUGUGACCAGGAGAAUACCAGACUGGCAGCGGAACAGGCCUAUAGGAAAGCCCCAGAGAAGAGCCCGCCUCCCCAGCCUAAGAUGGCCAAUAAUUCUCAUAUGGGAUGUCCUCUACCCAGCCCAGGGUUUGUAGACCUUCAGGACCUACACACCAAUGGCAGGCAGGCACCACCAGCCUCUGAAAUAAAGGGCUUUAUCUUUGUGAAAUGUUAGGCUUUGACUGUAUAGUACAUUAUGACAGUAUACUGUUUGCAGUGAGAGAUAUUCCUCCAUUGAGUGUCUUAACAUGUCUUAACAUCCACACACAAAAGUUUUUCUCCUAACAUUUCAAAUAAAUUGCUGUGCUUAUUGGCUUUAUUCAUUUAUUAUUGUGUGUUUUUUCAGCUGGGUCCAGAUGUGGCCGCAGGACUACUGGCAGAGCCUAGAUCAGGCUGAAGGAUUGGAGUCUCUCAUCAGACAUAACGAGUCGGACCCUGCACUUCUCUGGCAUCACGUCCAGGAGAUGGCUAUGAGGAGGGUUCCAGAGGAGGACAGGCAUAACUAGUCGAACCCUGAAAUGCUGAGGAACCACAUACAGGAGGAGAGCCAGAGGUAACUGAGAAAAGUUCCUUAUUGUCAGUAUUUUUUGACUGAAAAAGGACAAGGAAAUAAAGCCAUCUAUUUGUCCAGAGACCUGCACCCCUAAACAGUGGGGCGUGGCCAAAGUGGAUCCGCAAACCAGAGAGAUGUGGACCAGCAAUAAGAAUCAAUGAACUGCUACUGAACUAUCGGUAGUGUAGACUGUAGAGGAUAGAGAAGAUGUGAAAAUAUAUACAGUAUCAGCUGGUAGAGCAUGGCGCUUGUAACGCCAAGGUAGUGGGUUCGAUCCCCGGGACCACCCAUACACAAAAAAUUAUAAUAAUAAUGUAUGCACGCAUGACUGUAAGUCGCUUUGGAUAAAAGCGUCUGCUAAAUGGCAUAUUAUUAUAAUUAUUAUAAUGCCAUCCACUUGAGGUGUCUGGUAUAUUGAGGGGUCUGUAGCAUCUGUGGCACCAAAGGGCCUAAUGUAUGUCAAAGUUACAGUAGAUGUUUUGUUACUCCUCUCUGCAAUGAAAAACGUUGUGCAAUAUAUUUGAUCUUGUUCUAUAGGUCUCAAACCUGUCGCCAUAACUGCUCUUUUCAACAGUCUUGUCAACACUCCAUGUACAAAACAUAUUUAUAUCAUGUUUAUAUAAAUCCGUUUUAUUGUUAUUGUGAGACAAAACGUCAAAGGCAAUUAAAAACUGGAGAAAAAAAAUGUGUAUUUACUUUGCAUUGUCAAGCUUGAAAGUAGAAAAUUGUACCCAACCACCAAUCUACAUAGCCAGUUCCCUGUUAAAUAUUUACAUACAGUAUCUUCAUAUUUCACAAUACAUUCACCAAGUUACGACAUUAAAGGUCCACUGCAGCCGUUUUUAUCUCAAUGUCAAACCAUUUCUGGGGAACAAUUAAGUAUCUUACUGUGAUUGUUUCCAAUUAAAAUGGUAAAAAAUAAACAAAAAUAGCUUCUU